CCCAUCCCGGCAGAUUGAUCUGUGUGCUCUUACAUAUAUUCUUCGUUUCCCAAACAGUCUAAAGCGCAUUCCCUCUCAAAAUGUCCCCUCCAAGGAUUUCCACACCGGAAGAAUACCGUAAACUAGUCGAUUCGGUAGAUACAUUCCUCCUAGACUGUGAUGGUGUAAUCUACCAUGGUCCCGUAGUUGUCCCAGGCGUCAAAAAGGUUCUGGAAAUGUUGAGAAAGGAGAACAAACGUUUGAUAUUCGUCACGAAUAACGCCAGUAAAUCCAGGAGACAAUACAAGGCUACUUUUGAUAAAUUGGGUAUACCAGUCAGUGAGAAUGAGAUAUUCGGAUCGGCAUAUGCUUCUGCUGUUUUCUUAAGGAAAGUGUUGAAUUUUGCAGAGGAUAAAAAGGUUUAUGUGAUUGGGCAGGACGGGUUGGAACAGGAAUUAGAAAGUGUAGGUAUAAAACAUGUUGGUGGGACGGACCCCGAAGAUAGAGUUUUCAUGGACCCAUUCGACUUUGCUUCCAUCCAACCUGAUCCUAGUGUAGGUGCUGUCUUAUGCGGAUUUGAUGGCUGGUUGAAUUAUAAAAAGCUAUGUAAAGCUUAUACAUACCUCAACUCCGACCCUAACUGUCAUUUCCUCCUGACCAACCAAGAUAAGACUUUCCCCACCAACGGGACCACUUUUCCUGGUUCCGGGUCAAUGUCAUAUCCUCUCGUCUUCGCCUUAUCCGGGAGAAGAGAACCUACAAUCAUCGGUAAACCUAACAAACACAUGAUGGACGCUAUCAUCGCUGAACAUCAAUUCGAUCCCAAACGCGCUCUUAUGGUGGGCGAUAAUCUCCUCACCGACAUUGAGUUCGGGAUAAACUCCGGUAUACGUACUUUACUCGUCAUGGGUGGUGUAUCCCUUCCCGAGCAGGUGUUUGGGGAUAAUCCCAGUCAUGUGGUUCCUACUUAUGUAAUGGAGAGUUUAGGUGAUUUAGCUGUGUUGGCGGAAUAA